UUACAUAUAAUUGCCUGUGCAUAUUAAGCUGAGAUAUCUAAAUGUUUUACAUCGUAUAAAUGACAGACUUCAGCUUUAAGGGAAAAGGGACUUUGGGGAAACAUACGCUUCUGGCGUCAUACAUCACAUGAUAGAGCGUGACCAAUGGUAGAACGGCUUCUCCCUCUACACGGAACUGAUUGCGGAUUUCUUUGGCAGUCCAUGGCAGACCAAAACGGUCACAUUGAUGUUGGCCCUCCAAGGGAAGCGGUGGCGGGUGUAGGCUUCCCAGCUCCUCCCCCACCCAUCUACGCCUGCACCCUUACUCCUGAACUGGUGGCCAAGGCACGGGAAGAGCUCCAGGAGAAGCCUGAAUGGAGGCUCCGGGAUGUCCAGGCGUUACGAGAUAUGAUACUAAAAGACCACCCUAAUCUGAGGACACGGUUAGAUGAUGCAUUUCUGCUGCGUUUCCUCAGGGCCAGAAAGUUUGAUUAUGACCGGGCCCUUCAGCUUCUCCUGAAUUAUCAUGCCAACCGGAAAGCCUGGCCUGAGGUGUUCCAGGACCUGAAGCCCUCUACGGUCAAGCACGUCCUAGACCUGGGUUUUCUCACUGUCCUUCCCAGACCAGACCCUCAUGGACGCUACAUACUGUGUUUACGGCCAGGCAAAUGGAAGCCUAAUGAUUACCCAUUUGUGGACAACAUUCGAGCUAUUUAUUUGACAUUAGAGAAGCUGAUUCAGCCUGAGGAAACCCAAGUGAAUGGAAUUGUUAUCCUGGUGGAUUAUGGAGGAGUUGGCCUCUCUCAAGCCUCUAAUCCAGGUCCACUUUUGGCCAAGAAAGUUGUUGGUAUCCUUCAAGAUGGCUUCCCAAUCAGAAUAAAGGCUGUAAACAUUAUAAAUGAGCCACGUAUCUUCAAGGGUAUUUUUGCGAUAAUUAAGCCAUUUCUGAAAGAGAAAAUGGCAGAGAGGUAUGUCCUGCAUGGCUCAGACUUGGCGUCUCUCCAUCGAGUCAUUCCUCAAUCUGUGCUGCCUCAAGAGUAUGGAGGAGUAGCUGGAAGACUUGACAUGUCUGCCUGGUCCAGAACGCUGCUGGAGGCUGAGGAAGAGUUUGUGGUGGAGUUCUGUCAGCCUGAUCCUCUGGAGGGUGUCAUUCUGCCAGACUCCAUGCUGUUUGAGGGAGAGCAAGCUGGCGCACAUGGAGAGGACUCCUUCAGACAUCUGCGUUCCCAGCUUUAUUAUUGUUACUGACCUCCUGGCAAUGUGCAACUGUUUUUUUUUUAAACAUUUGUUUAGCUAUGACCAACUAUGUAUUCUAUUCACAGUGUGAUGAGGUCAGCUGAUCAGUCUGACCGUUUAAAAGAUCUGGUAAAGACAGUCAUUUAGAUACUGGAUAUAUACUCAUUGCUUUGGUUUAACCUGUGUUUUAAAAACUUGAUUCAGAAUCAUUUUUAGAUUAUAAUACUCAAUAGCCAUCCAAUCAAUAUCCUUUUGAGAAGGAUCCCUGUUUUAAUAUAUAAUCAGUGUAUUUGUUUUCAGUUGUACGGUGAGCAUUGAAAUGUCUAAAAUAGUUAUUUUCAGUGCUACAUCAUUUAUGUUACAUCUCAUAUAAUGCCUUAAUUUAUGGUGAAGGGAAUAUCAUUUAUAUUUAUUUAGAUUAUUUAGAACAUGGAGAUAACCACACAUGUCAAUUAAAUACAAUGCAAUAACAUUGUGCAUUUUUAAAUUCAUAAGCCUCAGUACAGAGAAUUAUUUUAUCCUACAGAGAAUAAAACAAUUACCAUGUUUCUUUCUGA